AUGGCUGAACAUGAACCCACCUCGGAGCAGCUUGCACAGAUCGCAGCGGAAAACGAAGAGGAUGAACACUCGGUCAACUACAAGGCUCCAGCUCCGAAGUCCAUCAAUGAGAUUCAGGCCAUGGACCAGGAUGACGAGAGUCUGAGGAAGUACAAAGAGGCUCUUCUGGGCUCCCUUCCCUCCACAGUGGGUGAGUCAGAUCCCUCCGUUCCAAAUGUGGUUGUGACCAAACUGACCUUGGUAUGUGCGGAAGCUCCCGGACCACUUGAGCUGAAUCUGCGAGGGGAUUUGGAGAAGUUCAAGAAAGAAACAUUUUAUCUUAAAGAAGGAGUUGAGUACAGAAUCAAAAUUAGUUUUAAGGUGCAUGGAGAGAUCGUUUCAGGCCUGAAGUAUCAGCAGCAGACAUGCAGGAAAGGUGUAAAGUUGGAUAAGUCAAACUACAUGGUCGGAAGUUAUGGACCUCGCGCAGAGGAAUACGAAUUUCUCACCCCCCGAUUGAAGAAGCCCCAAGGGGCAUGUUGGCCAGGGGCUGUUACAAGAUGAAAUCGCUUUUCACCGACGAUGACAAAACCAGCCACCUCUACUGGGAGUGGAACCUGACCAUCGGCAAGAAUUGGAAUAACUAG